GCCCGGCUUUUUCGGAGAGAACGGAGAACGGAGAGAAUCUCGAAUCUGGGCAAAUGUUUACAACGCGAGAUGAGAGAUGUCGCGUAGCGCAUGCGAAUUUCGGACAGGGGUUGAUUUCGCUCUCGGGGAACAGCAGUGGAGAACAAUUGCUGUCUGUCGGUGAGGAAAAUUGCGGACCAUCGGUUGGCGACUCGACUCUGCACCUUUGAGCACCGUCUCCGAGCGUCAGCUGAAACCACCGAGGCAUUCUGCAAGUUUGAAACGCGCUGUUGGCAAAGUAAGAAAAGAGCUGUCGUCGAGCACCAGUGGCGCGCCGCCUCCGUCCUUUUCGGAGGAGGCCAGCAACGGACCCGCCACCUCAGGCGGCGGCAGUGCAACGGCCCAAGCGAAACAGCUAGAUGCCCAAGAUUUCAGAUGCUUGAGUACCCUCUUGAAAACCUCUGCCUGUACAAUGCAAGGUGCACACACAACGUAGGAAGCUCGCUCGCUCGCUCUAAUUAGCCCAAUAAGUUAUAUCAGUUGUCUAAAUUAAAUAUCAAAAAUCAUGGCCAGAUUAGAAAUUCCAAGCAUAGUGGUUCAUGCUGGCACCUGUAGCUGUCCCGCCAGUCCUCAAAUGGAGCGUUCCUCGAUCUCUGCUCUGCAGCACUCGCUAGGCGAACAGGAGGACGAGGAAGCCAGGAGUGAAGAGUUUGACGUGAAAGAAGCAGCCGAAGAUGAUCUCAACGCCGAAACUGUAGCCAGCGACGAGGAACAGAACGAGGCUGACGAACAGACUGGUGAACCGCCACCUUUCGAGUCGUCAGGGCCAAGUGUUCCUGUUAGGCAAAAGUCACAGAACAGUAAGGUGAAACUUCUAGUCAGGAGUCAUGCAAUGAGGGAGGAAACUUCGCCGCCACCAGACCCUGAAAGGGCGACCCUGGAACCUCCUGCAGGGGCGGGAAGGCCGAGUUCUAGGCUGCGACUCAAGCAGCAGGGUUCGUCUCAGGGCAGCAUGGACAGCAACUCUCCUCUCAGCUUGUCAAGAGACUCCAGCACUGAGCAACCUCCAACCGGAGACAGUUCUGGCGUCGAUUUGCCAGCGUUCCUAACAGAAACAGUCAACCGAAGUCACAAAGACAGGCAGCUGCUGUUGCGCAUCGAGACAGAGUUGCAAAACCUUGUCAAAGACACAAAACGUACACAGUUCAAAUUCCCUCCUAUGUCGUCUUAUCAACGAAUGUUGGUACAUCGAAUGGCAGCUCUGUACAACAUGGAGCACAAUGUAGACUCUACAGGGGCUCAAGUGGUGGUUGGUAAAACCACCACUUCGAAGACUCCAGACCUCAGACUGAGAGACCAGAUAAGGGGUGACUUGGAGAUCGAACCACGCAAGUCGAUUCUUAAGAGGGAUACGAACUCGCUGGAUGACCCAAAUUCUAAAGCUAGUGCUGAUAGUCGCCGAAGUAAAAGUUUCGAAGAGAGGGAAGAAGAGUAUGAGAAAGUUCGAAAAAGAAUCUUCAAGGAGGGGGAAGGUAUGAUUCGCGUGAUGCGAGGAGAUUCCGGUUUGAGCGAAGGAGAUGAAGUGAGGUCGAGUCAGGAGGACUUGCGCAGCUCCUGGGCGGCAGGGGGCCAAACGUGGAGUAGUUCAGACAGUUCUGACGGCAGACCUCAGCUUCUGCGACCCAGCCCUCCUCAUUCCUCUUCUUUGAGACCAAGCCGACUUCUCAAAGUGGAGUCGUUUGAGAGCAGAGACAUUCUCCGCUCGAACUCCAUGCGCCAAGCUGUUUCAAAGUCGUACAGCUUUGGUGGAUACUCCGGAGGAACUACAGCGCCUAGCAUAGCCAGGGGUGACAGUAUGGUCAGCACGCACAGCGCUGGCGCUCGUCUCCUGACCAAGCAAGACUCGGGCACAAGCAGCGUUGCCUCGCGUCUCUCACCCCUCAGCUCGGGCUACAAGUCUCUGGGAUCUCAGCGGUCGGACGCGACCAUGUCGGCCACUCCGUCUCCAACGGCGACGCCCCUCUUACCGCAAGGCCCAAUGCAGAUGCCGGCUCACCUGCAGCAACACUUUCUGGGCCCUACCCUGAUGUGGGCCGUCUCCAACAUGGACAGCGUGCCGGCCGGCAGCUUGCUCAUCAACCCGCAGACCGGCCAGCCGUACCUCAACAGCGACGGCUCCGUCUACCGCUACGACCCCAGCAACCCCCCGAAGCUGCUAACCACUUCAGACCCUCCGCCGCAACCUCCUUCCAUCCAGGUGCACGCCACUUACACGUGCGCCCCUCCACCCCCGCCGCCCCCCGCCGAGUACACGCAGCAGCCGCAGGUCAUCUACUCGUAUCAAGCUGCCCCGCCAGCCCAGCAUUCCCACUCUCACCACUCACAGUGCAUAAAGGCGAUCAAAACGUUGCAGUGUUCACAAGAGGGCUGCUGCAUGCCUGAAAUCACUUCGUAUGUCGCUGGCAUGCAAAUCAACGAGGCAGCAACGUGUCCUGCUGCACCCCCCUCAAGCUACGUUGUGGCCGCCCCUGGUUGGCAGCAGCCUCAGCAAGCACCUCCGCGCCCUCCUCUUCUGCCCCCUCCGCCAGUUUCAACGCAGCAACCACCCAAUGUAAUACUGCCAGCCUCUCAGCAGACAGUUCUUCUUGUCCAACCUCAGCGUCCACCAGUGGCAGUUUUUCCCCAUUCAGGAGGAAAUACUGAAGCUGGGUACUACUCUCCACCGCAGACAAUGAUGACUGCCGCUGCGCCGCCAAAUAACAACGUUGGCCAGAUGUUCCAGCCCCAACACACACCGUCCAUGAGGGCACCAGCCCCGUCGGGUGAAGGGGUGACGUUUGCCAGUACUGGAGGUUACUACCCGACCGCCCCUGUGACAGGAAUGUGCCCUUCGUACUGCUUCAGCCCUCCGAAUCAGGUGCCAACGGCAGCCAGCAGCAGCAACAGCCACGAGUCAAUGGCCCCUCCGGACAGCAGCCCCCUCCUGGCGCAGGCGGUGGACAGUGCAUGGUUUCGUGGUUGCCUGCCGACCAGUCAACCAUGGAGUCCCAGUCAGUGGCCACUGCGCCUGGUGACCCAGCCGGCUGGAACUGUUAGCCUCCUCUCUCCUAGCGCUUCUUCUCUCCCCAGCUGGUUCUUGCCGGGCAGACAAGGGACCAUUGCACACCCACCAUACACAGCCGUGCCUCUCAAACUGCUCUGGCCUCGCCUGAGGCAGCAUCAAAAUCAACCCACUCAAGCUUCUGACAACCAUGAACUGACAGACCAAAGAACAAUAAUGAUUGGUGGGAGGUUCCGACUGCCGCCUUAAGAGAUCCUCAACGUCUUGGCUCCCCAUCCCUCUGCCCAGUGCCCCUGCCAUAGGAUACUAACAGACUUCACUGCUGCUGCUUUUCUUCUUCGACCUUCUCCAUUGAAAAGAAAAGACCACCCUCUUUGACGGUUUUGCUAAUUUUUCACCAUUUAGAGAGAAAGAGAGAGAGAGAGAGAGAGAGAGAGAGAGAGAGAGAGAGAGAGAGAGAGAGAGAGAGAGAGAGAGAGAGAGAGAGAGAGAGAGUAGCGCGCAAUUAUAAAUAAUGCAUUAAUUCACUCCGAUGAUCGCAUAUUUAACAAACACUUUUGCGUACUUGAAUAUACCGAGAGAUGCUGUCAUUCCUGUCCCAUCACCACGAGGAUGACUUUUUAUACUGCAUUGCUAGCCCGAAUUUUAACCGUUCGACCAAGUAUUAAUAACAAAACGAGACAAGAUGGCGAUAGCACAAUUCCAUUAUUAACUGAGAGGUGAAACUAUAUAAGUAAAUCUAACUAUAAUCAUUUUAACUGCAUGUGUCUGUACAGCUCGAUCCGGGCAGCUGUUUUUGAGCCUAGUCUGGAUGAAAAUCAAAUGUAAUACUGAUCAUUAUGUCUAAUGUGAACGAACCCCUAUUAGCAAGAUAAUAAAUCUCAUUAAAUGUCACACACACACACACACUUCACAAACACACACAUUCACAUUCAAAGUAGAAAAGCGCGCUCCAGCAAUAAAAGCAGCUCUGUCUUUGUGAGACUCUGUGAUCAACAACGCUCAAGGCUGGACCUCUCCAGUCACUCUUACAGAAUCAUCUGCGUUGUACUCUGUGUUUCUUCUGUUCCUCAAGUCGUGCUUGGAGAGUCCUCCCUUCCCAAAAAGAACUCGCACAAAACUGCGCAAUCAGUCGAUAUCAACGCCGGUUCAGUUGCCGAUUUCGAAUUACCUCACUACACUCGCAUAUUUAAGUUAGUCAGCGUUUAUUAUUUUGUGAGUAUGAUGAUUACCUCAACAACUCGCGACACUUAACAUGUUUACUGCCUGUUAUUAUUUUUACAAUGGACUAGUCAUUUGGGAAGAAAGUGCUGUUCCAUCGCACGGGCCUGUGUUUGAUUGAAAUGUGAGAGCGCAAAUUACUUAGAUAUCUCUUUUAGUGCUAAUUUGUGUGUUUCAAAGUAAAAAUCUAAAUCCGGAGGACACAUUUUAGGCUUGCUGGAGAAAAGAGAUUUUAGCAAACGAGAGUCAAAAAUGUAAAAUUUAGCCGCACUUGUCCUCCUGAAAAUGCUUCUUGUUAUUCCAUGGCAGAAUUUUAACUGUACGUUACGACAUUUUACGAUGAUUAUACUCCUAAGGGUUGUUCUACUACUACUUCUUCAACUACUAAUCAUGUAGCCAUUGUUUUGUUCUUUUCUAUGAUUUUUGUCGGCAGUAGUGUUGAUUUUGAGAAUCAGUCGCUGUGUAUCAUUAUUAUGUCUUGUUACGACUAUUUUCCAGAUGAAUAAUAAUAAUUCGGGAAUUCUUACAAA